AAUUGUAUAUGUAAACAUAGUGAAUAAAAUUUUACUAAAAAUCCGGCAAUUUCAUGUCUUGUGAGGACGACAACGAUAUUUCUCGUUAACGUCUCGUGAUUAUUUUCAAAAUGGCGACCAAGGAAGAGGAUUUGACGUUGGAAGCUUCUUUAAAUGCAGCUACAAACCCUGCCCUGCGUGAGGCAGAUGAAGAAUCCAUGUUAAAGUUUGUUGAUCAAGUGAACAACGAACUAGAAGGUCCACAUUAUGCUAUCAGACUUCUGGCUCAUAAAAUACAGUCUCCUAUAGAAAGAGAAUCCUUAUAUGCUUUACAGACACUGGAAUCCUGCGUAAAAAAUUGUGGGAAACGUUUUCAUCAAGAGGUUGGAAAGUUUAGAUUCUUGAAUGAAAUAAUCAAGGUUAUAUCUCCAAAGUAUUUGGGAAAUAAAACCACAGAGAAGGUGAAAAAGAAAUGUAUAGAGUUAUUGUAUUGCUGGAACAAAGGGUUACCUCAUGAACCAAAGGUGGGUGAGGCUUACCAGAUGUUGAAACAACAGGGUAUUGUAAAAGAAGACCCAGUUUAUAUGGAUAAGGAGACAGGGACUAUACCAAAGCCUGUUCCUGAAGAAGACAGAAGAGCCCCAUUUGAAGAUGAGGAAAAAGCAAAGACACUGGCUAAAUUAUUAAAAAGCAAGAAUCCAGAAGAUUUACAAGCAGCUAAUAGACUUAUCAAGAACAUGGUGAAACAGGACACAGAAAGAAUGGAGAAAGUAUCAAGAAGGAUCAAUGAGCUGGAGACUAUACACGCUAACUCUAAAUUAUUACAUGAGAUGACAAACCACUUUAAUCCUCAAACAUCUACAGAUUCUGAGAAAGAAAUGAUGAAGGAGUUGUAUGAAUCAUUGGAGAAGUUACGACCCAAGUUGUUUCGUCUGGCCAGUGAGACCGAGGAAUCUGACACAGAUGGUCUUAAUACCAUUCUAAAAGCCAAUGAUGAAGUAUCCCUGACUAUGUCCCAGUACAAGAAAAUAGUGGAAGGUAUCACUGAGAAUGGACAGACAGAAAAUUCUAGAGAGGAAUUUUUGAAAGGCAGUAGCUCUUUGGUAGAUUUGAACCUGGAACAGUUCCAACCCUCUCCUAGCACCUUGAACAAUAACCAGCCAGCCAGCACUGCCUCCUCAUUUCUAGAUGAUGAAAUGCUUUCUCUAGGUUUGAAGUCCCCACCUGCGACACCUGGUACCCAAAAUAAUGCAGAAGCUGGGAACAAGGCAGACAAUCUUCUUUCUGACCUUGAUGAAAUUUUUUCUUCAACAGCAGCCUCUAUAUCGCAGCAGACCCCUGCUUUUCCAUCCAAUGUUUUUGCAAUGAAUCAGCAAAUGUCACAAAUGACUAGCAUGGCGUCAGCACCAGUUACUGGAAGUAGUAUGGGAUUUAGUCAACCUGCUGGUCAGAUGGGCUUUAAUCCAGGUCAGCCAGCCAUGGGGUUCAGUCAGCCAUCUGUGCAGCCUCAAGUCAGUGGUAUGGUCAGAUCUUUACCACCCCAAACCUCUCAGAUACCAGCUACUCAAGUUACAGGAUCAGUAUUUGAUAUGAAACCAGCUCAGAAGCUACCCGAGUCGCAAGGGAAAGCAUUGGAGGACCUGGAUGUUCUAGGCAAGACCCUUAUGCAGCAAAAUUUAACACAAAAUACGGCCAACUACUCAUUCAAUCAGACGCCGAAGCCCGGAAAAAUCCCUUUAAACCAAAUGGCUUCUUCUCAGAGUGGUAUACCAGCCCCAAUUCAACCUGUACAACCCAUUCAAUCAUCACCUCAACCAUCUGUUGCUAUGGCUACCCAUCCUCCUCCAGUUUCCAUGGUUACAGGAUCAGGGGACACCACUCUGCUUGGUUCAUCACCCUCUACACCAAAAUCAUCAGAAGUUAGACCACUUACAGAUGUGUUUGUUCCAUUAGAAACUAUACAGCCAGGCACUGCUCCACCAGUGAAUGCUUAUGAUAAAAAUGGACUUAAAGCUUUAAUAAUGGUUGCCAAGGACCGUCCUCGAGAUGAUGUGGUGGUGAUGGUCGUGUCCGUUCUCAGUACAAAUACGUCACCUGUAAAAGCUUUCAUAUUCCAGGCUGCUGUACCAAAGGUAAUGAAGGUAAAGUUACAACCACCAUCAGCCACGGAAUUACCAGCAUUUAACCCUAUACUCCCUCCUUCUGCCAUCACUCAAGUUAUGCUUAUAGCUAAUCCACAAAAGGAAAAGAUCAGAUUAAAAUACAAGAUAUCGUACUCAAUAAGCAAUGAAAUUCACACUGAUGUUGGAGAUAUUGAUACUUUUACAGUACAAUGAUGAACUUCACAUGAUUUACAUAAAAUAAAUAACAGGAUUUACAAUAUUCUAAAGUUACUAUCAAUGUGAUAAUGGAGAUUGUGUAAAAAGAAGAAGAAAAACGAGCUGUGAUAUUGUAUAUGAAGUACAUAGAAAUUUGAAUUUUUCAUGGAAAACCAUAGGGGUGGGGUAUGGUCAUGCAAUGAAAAGGGAUUAUAAAAUAUGCUUGUGCUGAAAAGGAUGUUAUUUGGACAUGGUUUGACAGGAUUUUACACAAAAUUUGUGGAUAUAUAAAAAAGUUUAUUCUUCAAAUUUGAAGGUUGAAAUACAGCAACUCUAUAAUUUUGGAGUUAACUUAAGUGUAGCUCUCCAUUUUGGAGGUAAAAAGUAUUGCAAUUUUCAUUUGGGAGUAAUAUUUAGUCUAACUUCCUUUU